GGGCAAGGGGUGGGGGGGAAGAGAGAAGGAAAGAAGUUAAACCUGCAGGCGACGAACUCUGAGGUCCGAGCCUUUCCAGGAUCGGCUUCCUCCUUGAUCGCGAAGGAAGUGCGGGAGGAGCUACGCGGAGUUUUAACGGAGGGUUUGUUUUGUUUUGUUUUUGCUUCCCGCCGGAUAGUUAACGGGGGCCUUCAAGAAGCCCUGAGUCGGUUUUCUUGGGCAGAUCUUGCUGCUGCUGCUGCUGCGCCCUGCGGAAGGAACAGCGCGAGGCAACUGGUCGCGGCGGCUGGGCACCUUCCUAGGCUUGCAGCGAUGGGGGAGGACGGGGUGCAAGCGGAGAAGAGCAGCGCGUACGUUUCCCCGAGCUCCGACGGGCCCCUGGAUCACAGCAGCCCCAGCCCGGUUCCGUCAGGCAGCCGCAGCCCCAGCCUGCAGCCGGCGACUCCGGGUGAGGCAGUCAGGGACGCCUCGCAGGUGAACGCCAUCACGGUGCUGACGCUGCUGGACAAGCUGGUGAACAUGCUGGAUUCGGUGCAGGAGAAGCAGCACAAGAUGGAGCACCGGCAGAUCGAGCUGGAGGGCUCCGUGAAGGGCAUCCAGAACGACCUGAGCAAGCUGUGCAAGAACCACACGUCCACCAGCAACACGGUGGCCAAGCUGCUGGAGAAGUCGCGCAAGGUCAGCGCCCACACCCGCGAGGUCCGCGACCGCAUGGACCGCCAGUGCGCCCAGGUGAAGCGCCUGGAGCACAACCACGCGCAACUCCUGCGCCGCAACCACUUCAAGGUGCUCAUCUUUCAGGAAGAAAAUGAGAUCCCUGCCAGCGUGUUUGUGAAGGAACCCGUUCCCAGCAUUACUGAUGGAAAGGAAGAGCCUGUUGAUGAGAACAAAACUUUGGAAGAAACUAUGCACACCGUGGAGCUGUCAUCAGAGGAUGAAGCGCCUCACGAUGAAGAUGGUGCAGAUGAUAGUAUCGAUGAGAAAAUGGAGGAGACGAGAGCUGAGAAGAUCAAGAGGUCAAGCCUCAAGAAGGUGGACAGCCUGAAGAAAGCAUUUUCCCGUCAAAAUAUUGAGAAGAAGAUGAAUAAGAUUGUCUCUGCUGAACGGAGAGAGAAAAUUAAGAAGUCUCUCACUCCUAACCACCAGAAGUCCUCCUCAUCCAAAAGUUCGUCGUUCAAGGUAUCUCCCCUCACAUUCAAUGUGAAGAAAGUUCGUGAUGGAGAGACUUCCCCAGAAACCGAAGACAAGCCAGCAGAAGCUACUAGUAGUGAGCAGGCAGUAAAUGAUGAAGAGACCUCUUUCACUGAGAUUCAUUCAGAUCUGGUCUCUCCCACUUCUCCAGCUGAAGAAGGAAAAGCCUUUGCUGACACCCUGGAAAAAGAAACAGGAAGUGAAGGAGAAGCCAUGAUCAACAACAACAUUGAGCUUGCAAUUGUUGAAGAAGAUGAAGACUACAGGGCUUCAAUAGAUAUCAGACAAGAACUCUACGACGAAAGAAAGAAACCAACCAGUGGGGAAAUGGAACAGUCUGAUGAAGAAUCAAGCCAAGCAGCUGUCCUCCGUGUAGACCAAACUGCAUAAAUCAUCUGAGCCACUUUUUUAUGUUUCUAAAUGCAUACAAUUUUUUUUUUUAGUUAAAUUAGUAACCAGGGUAAAUGUCUGUUACACAACUCGCAACACACAUGGUCUUUCCAUUUUUCAUUCAGAGUUGCUGCAGUUCAUUGUAACCAGAUAGGUGUUUAAAAGAACUGGUGGAGGCAGUUUAGCCAGUUGAUGAAGAGUAUAAUCGGUUUCAUGCUCGUUUAACCAUCAUAGCUUCCCCCUAAAGAACCCCGGAAACUCUAACUUGAUAAGAAUGCUAAGAAUUCUCAGAGAUUACUACCCCCAGAGAAUUUCAGCUCCCAGGGUUCCCUGGGGAGAGGGAAUGACUACUAAACCAGUUUAAUUCUGUGAGGCAAAUAUGCUCUUAUAUUUGAUUGACAAAAGGCUCUCCAAGUACCAUGCUGAUGCAAAUAAAUUCCCCACUUUUUUUCAGAGCCAUGGUGCUUGGAAAGAAUUAAUUUGUGGGGAAGAGUGAGCCUAUCUUGCAGAGACCUCUAAUUGUAUUUGGUUUUAAUUGUAUCCAUUCUUGCUUUGCCCUUCCUGCACAGAAGUGAUGGGCAGAAUUGGGGAUCUGUUUUGCUUGCUCUACCCUUCUUGUGGGUUAAUUACUUGUUCUCCCACCCACUGCGUUUUAAGCUACAAACUAUAGAUUGUAAGCUCUGUGUCUUUCCUUCUGUACAGGGUUAUUUACAUAGUUUAAUCUGUUCCCUCUCUACAAAAUAUGUCACUUCAGUUCCUCAGGCUACUUUUUGCCGUAAUAAAGCCACCACAAUGUAAUGUUAGUGUCACUUUGGCACAGUGAGUAUUUUUGUUUGAAUUCAACCUCACGUGAGCAGAGCUGACAUUUACCAUGUCAGAGUGAGUUAUUGAAAACCAGGGGCUUAUUUCAGUGUGGGAAUACAAGCCCUCGCCACAUGAGGGAGCACCAAAAGGUCUAUGUUGCCUGCUCACAUGUUUUGUGAUAGAGAUCAUCUUGUGGUGGCUUUACCUCACCUUACCUUAUCAAAAGGUAAGGUGAGGAUUGGGACUUUGCUGCUUUAUUGUUAGUAACUACUGAGACAGAACAAUCAGGGCAUUGGAUUGUCAGCUUGGUAGGGACCAUAUUAAUCAUAUUUGUGCUUUAUUACCCCUGACAGUUUUCCUUUAACCCCUCUAUUCUACUCAGGAGGAGGUUUUGUUUAAUUUUUUUUUUUUUUAGUUCUAGUAAUAACUAGAUCUAGCUUAUUAGUGGAAUGGUAUUUAAUUGGAAGUGGGCUAUCAAGGACUAGUUUGGUCUAGCCGCACCCCUCCCCCCAGUAGAAAAUGAUGGCUUGGCAUGAUCAUCCAUGAGAAGCAGGGUGAUGCUGUAUAUCUACAAAGAAACCAUAGGCACCUGUGGGAUGCAGGCUUUGCUUACAAGUUUGAACUUUAGGAUACUGCACAACUUUGGCCCUCCAGCUGUUGUUGGACUACAACCCCCAUCAUCCUCACCCACACUGGCCAAACGUCAAGAAUGAUGGGAGUCGUAGUCUAAAGGGCCAAAUUUGUUCAGCCCUGGUAUAGCAUAAAGCACCCUGAGGAAAUACAGAAGAAAUUAGAGCUGCCUCUAAUUUCAGCAGCAAGUUGGAGGGACUCGAUUACGACAGCAAUGAAUGCACCACUGAAAGACCUUAAAGGCCAAGUUGAAGACAGAUCAUCCUGGAGAGAAUCUAUCUAUGUGGUCGCUAAGGGUCGACACCGACUUGAUGGCACUUAAUCUAUCUAUCUAACUUUGCAUAUAGCUGGGUUCCUUAGAAAUAUUGUGACUGAGGAGAGAUAUUUUCCUGAGAAUAUUUAUCAUCUGGGAAAGUAAUGCUCCAUCAUGCUGCUACUUUCCUUAAGGAAAACAACCAUGGACGAUAAUGUUGAAACAUAUAAUGAUGGGGGGACAGGUGAGGCAUUUGAUCAAGAAAUCAAGAUGGUUGUAUGUAUAAACUUAGCACUGUCUACAUACGCUCUCUAGUUUAGUGUGCCUUGUGAUGUUCCAAGUAUGCUGAUUCAGUCAUGAUUGUACAUAAAUAUGUAUAGUUUAUUUUGAGAGAACAGAUUUUUUUAAAAAAACACACACAACUAUUUGCUUAGUUAAAACAAUUGUGUUUAAAUGGCAAAAGGGAGAGAUAUAUUGUAUACUAAGCAGUUAACGAAAAUAGAUUAUUGAACAGAUUGGUAUAUGUACCCAACUACUGUAUUUCAGAGUGCAAUGUAAGAGACGGCUUGGCAUGUUGCAAUAUAAUCUGAUAAAAGUAAAGAUACUAUAUAAUAAACAGAGGAAAGAGUUGGAUAACAAGAGCCUACCAAACAAUGUAUACAGUCCUUAAGCAACACAAGUGAUUUUUUUUUCCUAGAAAGAUAUAUUUUCAUUCUAUACCUACACAACAUUAUGAACAGGGAUGUUUUGAAAAACACAGCAAUAGAUGAUUUUGAGGCAUAUGUUAAAGGAGAUGGCCAAUCCAGUAAAGAGUUAUGUUAACUUUGACUGCAUUGAUUUCUGUGACAUUUGGGUGUGCAUAAGUGCAUUGGUCAUAUGUCCAACAUAUGGAGGUGGUUGAAAAAUAUGAAGGAAUCUUGACAAUCACACAUCUGGUGUGUGAUUGUCCGACAAUGUGGAAUAUCACAAAUGAAUGUUGAUGACAGCUGUCAAGUGGUAGAUCUGAGAACUGAGACAUCAAACCUUUCUGUUUUUGGUCAUUCACCAAAUGCAUGAGGAAUUGUCUACAUUUCCUUGUAAUAGCCUCCACUUUUUGAAUAUUAAUUGUACUACGUAGGAUUUUUGUUCAUGUGGGAGAAUAUAAGAACAGUUUUAAAACUGGGCUGAAAUACUACUUUUUCCGCUAGGGAUGACAGAAGAUUUUAUACUGUGUGUGUAUUAUUGUUGUUUUUAAUCGUGUGACAAAUGACAAUGAGCAUGACCCAUUGGGAAUUUUGCCUGUGCAGGCCCAAUACACAACAUUUGCUCUUGUGCAGUUCCAAUUCAUUUCAGCGGGGCUCUGUACACUCAGAGUUCCCACUGGACAGUGUGGGGUCAGCAACCUUUUGCAUCUUGCAAUAUAUACUGGACUGUGCAAUGAUGCAGCAUCUGAGUUUUCUGCAGAUAUUAUACUUCUCAACCAAAAUCUGGACACGGUUCAGAAACUAAACUGCAUUCCUUUUGUGUAUUAAUCCUCUUUUAAUAGUCCAUUCCAUUUAACCACAAAUGUAAACCAGUAUCAAACCUACAAGUGCCUGACAAUCUUCUUUUAUUUGUAUGCAUUUUUCCUUGUAAUACUGAUAACUCUGCUUUUACAUAAUAUUGCACUAAAGCCUUGCUUCCCCUCCCUGCCAAAAUAUAUUUAGAAUUGCAAAGUAUGGAAGACUGCUAAGAAAAGAUAUCUGUGAGAGCAAGCUGUUCUACGUGGAGAGCUUCCUGCAAUCAUUUUAAGUGUCACUGGAUGUUCAUUGGAGUUGAUUUUUAAGCGGGACUAUUGACAAUUAAUCUUUUUUUUAAAAAACGAUAUUAUGAGAGAGUUACAAUAAGUAGAAAUAAAUGUGAUAUAAUCCAUACAGAUGCAUCUUAUUUUGCAUUAACAACAAUGUAACAUGCCUGUUGCUAACCACGGAUGUGAUCAAGUGAAUAAAAAUCAAACUGAAUCAA